GAGAAGACAUGUCCAAGGCAAGACAAGAGGGGAGAAAAGGAAAAUGAAGGAACCCGCCAGGUUGUGAGCCAGCGGACGAGAAAGGCAACAUCUCGCUGGUCCUUCAUCACCCUCCGACCGCAGCCACAGCCUCUGAGCGGCCAUGUCUGAGAGCAAAAGAGCCCCCGGGGCUGCAAACCACAGAAGCCGGGUCGUCAGAGUGACUGUCAAGACCCUCAAGCGCAAGGAGCAAUUUGAGGUGGCCGACAGCACCCGCGUCCAAGAGUUCAAGAAGCUGAUUGCUGACCGCUUCAAGACGCCCCCUGAGCAGCUGUCCCUCAUCUUUGCCGGUGAGAUUCUCAACGACCAGGAUAGCCUCGUGCAGCACAAGAUUGGCGACGGCUCCAAAGUCCAUCUCUUCAUCAAGUCUCAGAGGAAGCUCUCAGGCAACCUAGGGGACAAUCCCACUACGCCCACCGCCUUCCCACCAAUGCCGGCAGCUCGAGAGAUCUCCUCGGAACACAGCCUGGACCUCUCGGAUUGGAGCAGCCAGCCUGAAGACCUGAUGGCCUCCUGCCACGAAAUUGUUGCCCAGACCACAGAGAACCUUUUGCUCCAGAUGGUCACGCUGAACCUGGACGCCUCUGCCUUGAACAGCAACCCGCUUCUCCUGGGCUUCCUCCUCGGGGUCACCGGCAUGAACGUUCUGGACCUGAAUGCCCAGGAGGUUUCUGACUUUGUCAGCGAGGCCCAGGAGCAGGAUGCGACCCGGCAGGAGCUCAUCAUUGAAAUGAUGCAGCACCCCUUUGUGCAGAACCUCUUUGGGGACCCCGAACAGGUCAGGCAGAUGAUUCUGUCUGUGCCUCAGAUGCAGCAGCUGGCUGAGCAGAACCCAGAGAUCAACCACAUCCUUAACAACUCCGAAUUCCUGCGAGAAAUGAUCGACGUGGCCACCAGCCCGGCUGUGAUGGAUGAGAUCAUCAGGAACCACGACCGAGCCCUGAGCAACCUGGAGAGCACCCCAGGCGGUUACAGCGCCUUGCAACAGCUCUACAACGACAUUGAGGUCCCAAUGCUGAAUGCGGUGCAGGCCCAGUUCCAGGGCAGUUCGUUUCCCCCCUCAGACACGAAACCUUCCCCCGAGGGGAACAGCCCCCUCUCCCGGACAGAGAACAGGGAGCCUCUGCCCAACCCGUGGGCGCCCCAGUCGAACAGCAGUGGUGGUGACAAUAUAUGUAACGGUGACAUCAGCAGUGCCGCCGGUAACAGCGCUGAGCAAGGUUACAUCCUGCUAGCGUUGGGCCCCGGAGUCCGGCCAGGACCUAGCAAGACUGAAAGCAUCCAAAACAUGGUCCAUCAGCUCACGGACAACCUGGAAUUCAUGCAGAACAUCUCCAAUGCCCUGGCGAAGCCUAAUGGCCCCACUCAGAUGUUCCUCAGUCACUGCAACUCCCCGGUGAGAAAUGAGGCACCUCCACCUCAAGGGUGGACCCAGCAGCUCCCGUCCAAACUGGCCAAGUCAGCCUCUGCCCUGCUGCUGACCAACCCCCGAGCGGUCCAGGCUCUUCUCCAGUUGCAAAUGAGUCUGCUGGUUCUCACCAGGGAAGUCCCUGAUUUCCUGCAAGCCUUGACAGACCCAGAUGUUGACCCAGAAAGCAUGGAAGACUCUGACGAGGGGGAAAGCCCGUCUUCGGAAGCAGAGAGCUUCAUCUCCAUUGAAGAAAGCUUGGAGCUGGACAGCAACGCAUCCAAAGCAGAUGAUGGCGAAAAGGAGGAGGAGGAGGAAGAGGAGGAGGAGGACAUGGAACAGCAAGGUCCAGAGGGCCUUUACCAGAUCCAGUUGGAGCAGCUCAGAGCGAUGGGCUUCCCCAACCAGGAACUGAACCUGCAGGCUCUUGUGGACACAGAAGGAGAUAUCGGUUUGGCAAUUGAAAAGCUAACAAACUCUCGUGCAUCCUAGCUACAGAUUUACCUUUGCCUCUUGUAGGGUCAUCUGACACACUAAAGUCAGCAUGGUGGAUAUAAACUAUGCCUUGGUGCUCCUUUCCUCUGGUUGAGACCCUGGGGGGUGAGCACGCUUUCUUGCAGAGGCCACUGCCACCCCCUCGCCUCUCCGGGUCUUGAAUUUUUGAAAAGCAGCAUUUUAAGGUGGGAGUCUGCUUGUUGCAAGGCCAAGAGAUGUCCUCCAGCCGCCAUGGUUGCCUCCCUUCCAGGGCUGCCAUGUAGCUGCAUCCCCUGGCUUUCUUCAGUAGCAUCUCCAGCCACUGAGACAAAAGAUGCAGGAAAGUAAUCAGUGGUGCAGCAACAAAUGUGG